AAAAUGGAUCAAAUAUUUGAUAUUGAAUCUUUUAAAUCACAGUCUGAAUCUCUUGGAUCCAAAAACAUGAAUGGCACUCACAGUUUAAUAAUAAUCUCACGACUCAGCCACUAUUUCUUCACUUAAAACUAAUUCCUGAAUCUAAUAAGAACCCUAAUUUGUUUACUUCUUCUUCGUCCACUCCAAGGUUUCUCAGAUUCUCUCGAUAUCGAAAGUUUCGAGCUUUGGUUUUUGGUUUGUAAAUCGAGGAUGAAAGAAUCGAAAUCGACCAAGUUGAAUCAGCAACAGCAACAACAAGACAAUCACCAGAAUGUUCACUUGUCCCCAUCGAAACUAGCCAAGUUGUUCGAUCCCGAUGCUUCUUGGGACAAGGAUCAACUGGGAGAUGUGUUGCAUUGGAUUAGACAAGUGGUGGGAUUGAUCUGUGGAUUGUUAUGGGGAACUAUUCCACUUGUUGGAGGCAUUUGGAUAAUUCUGUUUUUGGCGAUAUCCUCAGGGAUCGUUUACGGUUACUAUGCAAUGAUUCUCAAGGUUGAUGAAGAAGAUUUCGGAGGCCACGCAGCUUUACUCCAAGAGGGUCUCUUUGCGUCACUUACUCUCUUUUUGGUAACUCGCAUGGAUUCUUGUCUAUAGCUUGGCACAUUUCUGAAAACAACCUGAGCUACAUUCUUUUUACUCAGCAGCGAAUGCUCGUUCUUCAUUACUUCUUUGGAACGAAUCUCUGUUCUUUUCUUUUCUUUUUUUGUAAAAUGUCUGAAGAUAAGGCUACGAGAGACAAAACGUUAUAGUAACAAUUUUAUGAAUA